AUGUCGCGAUUGCUGGGCGAUACGGCGCUUGUUGCAGUGCAGACUACCGCAAAACUGAAUCGUGUUUCCGGACCGCUGAAUACGAACAGCAAGAUGGCAUACUGCUUAAAACCAACGCCUCCGCCGGAAAAGAAAUGGCUGUACAAGCAGUUGCUGGAAAGUAUUAAUUCGGGCAUAUCGCCACCGUUAAACCUGUCCAAUUCAACACUUGGUCGGGCAACGUCACAAAUGUGGAUGCAGCUAGGUAUCGCACACCGGCGAGCACAGGAUAUAGCGGAAGAGUAUCAUCUGAAGGAAAAAGUUGGAGUAAUGAUGAGGCAGAUGACGCAAGCAAUUGUUGCCGUGAAGGAUUUUAUCGUACAGAAGCAGUACUACCAGCUGGAUCAAAUAAUUGACAAAGGUUUGUUGGCUUUGGAGCAAAAAAUACGAGCCACGCGGGAAAAUCAGCUGGCGGUGAUGGAUGAUGCUACUAAACCCAGCAGUCAGGUUGGACCGUGUCCACCACCUAAGGUCACUGGUGGAGCGAAAGUCGUAAUGAAAAACUGUACAACGAUUGUGGUCAAACGUGAUCCUUGCAUGGGCGAUCCGACACAUCGUACGGGAGUAAAGGACGUUAGUAAACCAAUGGAAGCUUUGUCGAACAAAUUAUAA